UCUAGAGCGGAGUGGGUAGGAUAGGAUAGGACCAAUCCCCAUCUCUCUCUGUCUCUCUGCACAAGGAGCUCCCUCUAGUGUUGUGUUGUGCUGUGUUCAUCCAGAUUCUUGAGCUGCUGCUCAAACUCCAAUCAACCUCACUACAAGAGAAAGAGAGAAGAAAAGCAAGAAGCAGGCAUGGCGGCCGCGGCAGCUGCGAUGGCCCCCGCUCCGCCGGCUGCAGCCAUCAGCCGCCACAACUACCACCGCGUCUCCCUCCUCGCUCCCCGCCGCUCGGGCUUCCUGGGCCGCGCGCUGGCCGCCCAGCCACGGCCGCCGGUGGCGCAGGUGGGCCGCCGCGCCUGCGCAGUGCGGAUGGCGUGGGACGGGCCGCUCUCCUCGGUGCGGCUCAUCAUGCAGGGCAGGAACGUCAAGCUGGGUGAGAAUGUGAAGGAGCACAUCGAGGACAAGGUUGGGCGUGCCGUGUCGAAGCACUGCCACCUUGUCCGCGAGGUGGACGUCCGCCUCUCCGCCCGCGGCGGCGACCUGGGGAGGGGCCCCAAGACCUCCCGCUGCGAGAUCACCCUCUUCACCAAGCGCCACGGCGUCCUCCGCGCCGAGGAGGACGCCGACUCCACCUACGCCAGCAUCGACCUCGCCGCCUCCAUCGUCAAGCGCAAGCUCCGCAAGAUCAAGGAGAAGGAGACGGAGGUGAGCCACGUCAAGGACUGGGUCGAUGCCGGGGGGCUCCUCCUCGAGGAUACCGAGCAGGACGACCAAGAACAAGCCGCCGCCGAGCAGGACCUGACGGCCGCCGUCGGCGCCGAGGACGAGGACACGGUGCUCACCAAGGUCGUGCGCACCAAGGUGUUCGAGAUGCCGCCGCUGGGCGUGGACGAGGCGCUGGAGCAGCUCCAGAACGUGGACCACGACUUCUACGCCUUCAGGAACGAGGACACCGGCGAGGUCAACAUCCUCUACAAGAGGAAGGAGGGCGGAUACGGCCUCAUCAUACCCAAGGAGGACGGGCACGUCGAGAAGGAGACCGUCAUUGCAGAGCCGUCCUACGCCGCCGUGCGCCGCGCAGGCGACAACAACUAGCUAGCCACCUGCAUUGCACAUUUGCAUUUGCAUGUAAGCUGAGGGGCCCGGCCCGGGUUAGAAGAACCAACAACUCCUCGACACCGUCAUCUCUGUUGUCGAUCUCCUUGAAUGAUGCAGUACGCAAUUGACACGCGCAUAUCUUCACUCGA